AUGCCCUCCCCCCUUCUGUCUUCCUCGGCUCUCAAGCCCAAACCCAAGCUGCGGCCCCGACCCCGUCGGUGGCAGUGGGAUAGCGCCGUGCCGCCCAUCCUGCGCCCGGCUGUCCGCGCCUUUCUCCUGGGCUAUGCGUACAACGUAGCCCCCCGCGUGGCCAGCAUCGUCAUCCGCUUUGUGGUCCGCCAGCUCAGGGAGUCCGGCGUGGGGGGACUGGCCGGCCCGGGCCCAGGCCCGAAGCCGACCGCUGCCGCCACCGACUUUGUCCAACAGACCCGGAAGCUGCUGCGUUCCCUAGUCGCCGUGCUGCGCGGAGGUUUUGACCCCUACAGGCUGCCGACGUUCUGCGGUGCCCUCGUUGGUGUCGGCACCCUGAUUCAGCACAUCGUCAAGCCCGUUUUUGACCGGAUCGUCCCUUGUGUCUCCGAUCCGGUGCGACAGAGGCUUGUCCGCUUCCUGGCCUACUUCACGUCCGGCUGGCUGGCUAUGCGCCUGCUGCUCCAUGCCGAGCCAGACGUCGAGAAGGCCAUCUCUAACGGCAGCAACGGAACUCAGGCGCCCGGGUUCAGCACCAAGGAGCUACGGCCGCUAAUCCUGGUCGACGGCAUGGCCAGGGCUGGUGCCCUCUCGCCCCGGCUCAAGGAGGAGCCGACGGCGCCUCUAGGAGGCAAGACGAUCGACCUGACCUGUCUGACCGUCACCCGCGGCCUGGACGUCCUUGUCGUGACCCUCUGGCGCUACUACAAGAAGAGCCGCCUAGCCACCGGCAAAUGGACGCCGCUGGAGGCCCUGCUAGAGUACCUGGGCGACCCCCUCCUGUUCUCCGUCUCCAGCGCCCUCGUCAUGUGGGCCUGGUUCUACCACCCCGACGCCCUUCCCCCCGAGUACAAUAAAUGGAUCACGCGCGCCGCCAAGGUCGACGGGCGCUUGAUCGAAGCCCUCCGCCGCUGCCGCUCCGGCGCCCUCGUCUACGGUCAGGAGACGGGCCAAGCCGACCUCCUGGGCUCCAUGUGCGUGGACUACAACCUGCCCUACGUCUGGGGCGACCCGGCGCGCACCAUCCCUUUCCCCUGCGAGCUCGUUCACAUGGGCGUCGGUCCCUCUUGCGAGAAGCACGCCAUCUCCCGCUUCCUGCGCGCCCUCCCCAUGGCCGGCGCCACCUACGUCCCGUUGACUCUCCUCCUCCUCUUUCGCUCCCCCUCCAAACUGAAAUCGUCUCGUGCCCUACUCCGCGCCCUCCGCUCCGCCGCCCGCUCUUCCUGCUUCCUCGCUUCCUUCAUCGCCCUCUUCUACUACGGCGUGUGCCUAGCCCGCACGCGCAUCGGUCCCCGCCUGCUCCUGCCCCUCCCGCCGGAGUACCUCUGUCUGCCCUCUCCGCCCACAGCCCAAACCCUCGCUUCCAAAUCCUACAUGCGCUCUCUGCUCGCUGCCCGCCAGCGCAUCGAUAGUGGGCUGUGCGUGGCCACGGGGUGUGUCAUGUGCGGGCUGAGCAUUUUGUGGGAGAAGAGUAGCAAGAGGAAGGAUUUUGCGCUGUUUGUGGCGCCCAAGGCGCUGGCUACCCUUUUGCCGAGGAGGUUUGAGAAAGAGUGGGAGGUGUGGGAGGAGGGUGCUUUUGCGGCGAGCGUGGCCGCUGUAUUGACGGCGGCGGAGGAGGAGGGAGGGGGUGUGGUGAGGGGCUGGAUUGGCGGGUUGGUGGGUUGGUGUUUUGGGGGAAUAGGUGAGUGA